UAAUGUCAUUCUCAUUUGUCAAGUUCAUCAAGUUGUCAGUGUCAGUACUCGUAUUGCGUAAACUUUUAUCAUUGUUUUGUUUUCCGUGCGUUAUACCUUGCUUAUUUCAAUGGUAUUUUGCUAUAACUGGAUAAAGACGGGCCCUGGAUACUGGAUGGAUACUGGAUUUUGAUUUGCCACACGGCAGCGGCUACGUACCGGCUCAAAAAUGGAAUACAACGAAAUCGAAAUAACCCUAAUUCCUGAAGGGCAAGAGAAUUCAAACUCCAACACUGCUCAAGAGCUGUCUGAUGUUUACGAAGGCAGCAAUGAACCGGCGUCUAUUAGCAUAGCCACGGAAUUAUGCCAGGAGGAACCACAGUCCGAUGAUCAGGAUGAGAUGGCCGAGAUCACGAAGAACGAAAAGUCUGAACAUAACACGGAUCUCGAUAAAUUCAAAAGGAGGCUGAUUCGAGUGAUCGCACGUUUCAUGCGCAACGGUGAGGAGCCUUCUGAGAGGUUCUGGGAAGACCUCACCAAGCAGACUGACUGCAAUAGUAAACUGCUUUGGGACCGGAUGCGCGCGUUGACUAUAAAGAAGUUACGCAAACUGUUCAUAGCCGAGGACACCAUCGACAAUAUCACAAAGAUUGCGCAGCUCACGAUCACCGACUGGCUGAUGUUCGACCUCGUGGUCGCACACGAGCCGAUAGACAUCAUUGCGCAGGAUCUAUUGGAUGAACUCGAAGAAACCCCUAAGAUACUGGAAGAUCUAUUCGUUACAGUGGUGAUCUACAAUAUUGAAAACUUGAAAGGCGAUGAACUAACCAGGGCUUGGUUUCAAGCUACCAAACAUUAUAACGGCACCAAGCGCAAGUGCUCGCCCAUCCUGCUGCAGCGGCGCUGGUACCAGCUGAAGGCGCGCGUGCGGGAGAAGUUCUACCAGUUCUGGUUCCGGUAUCGCGGCUCCCAGAACAACCUGGGGGAAGCCAACCAGUUCAAACCCUCCCAGCUGGAGAUGGAGAUCGCUAAACACUUCAAAUACAUCAUAACUGGGCGAUUACCAACGUGGGAGGCGUUGAUAGAAGAACAGAGAGUGUCACUACGCGAAGACUUUGAACGUUUGCAGUUGGACAAAAGACGUAUUUUUCGGAAAGAAACUGGACCCGACCUUGAAGUUAUUGAACCACAUGUCGAAACAAUAGAUCUAGAACAAUUUACAGAUUCUGAAGAUUCUAAAGAUUCUACAUCAGUACGUGAACCAAAACAAAUUGUUAAUUUAGGAAUAGUAAAAACUGAAAAAAUUGAUGAAAUAUCUGACGACGACGAUGUCCAUAUACUAGAAUCUAUGCACAUACCUUUAGAAACAAAUGAUAAUCCAGAAUCUGAUAGUGAUUUAGUAGAUAGUAAUGCUGAUGUGGAUCUUCGAGAGGAAAUUCCUGCUGCUGAUGGAACAUUUGAUGAUACGUCAACUAACUCAAAACAAUUAUCUAGUGUAGAGGCAGUGGAGAAUUAUCCUGCCAAUACGCCUCAUACUGAUCACGCAUAUAUUUUACAAUCACAAAAAAACACCGAAGUCGGGGUUCAAGAUGAUAAUGAAAUUCUGCCCGUUAUAGUAGCAAACACUUUGAAGGAUUGUGACAUGAUAAUGCCUAAAAUAUCUAGUGUAUCUAGCGCUGCGAUAGAAGAUGAAGAGCGAGCAGAUGAUGCUGUUAAUAACGAGGUUAAUGAUAUUUUGAAAAGUGUUUCUGAAAACAUUUCAUCAAAAAAUAUAUUUGACGUACUACCAUCACCACUGCGUACGUAUAAUACUCUAUCCGGAAACUCAAAUAACCGGGAAACGCCGGAUUUAUUGGUAAAACAAAUUAUUCAAGAUGAAAUUAAUUUUAAAAACUACGAGUCACAUACUAGUUUGAAGAAUAAAGAAGAUAAACUGUUACAUUCCUUCAAUGAAGUGCCAAAUGACGUUAAUAUUUUAGACGGAAUUGAAUUAGAAGAUGAUGGGAUUGAAUAUAUAGACGAAGAUGAUGACACGGCAGAAGAUCUGCCAAAAACUAUUAAAGAAGAAAUCGAAGAUGUUGACUGUACCAAUUCGCCAACAAUUGAUUUAAAACUUCUACUAACUCCACUCGUGUAUACCAAAAAACUUGACGACAUGGAUAUUUUUCGGUUAAUUGAUUUUAAUUCAGUAAAAGAUAAACGCAUUAUUGAAAAUUGUGAUAAUGACAGUAAACCAGUCGACAAAAAAUCCGUUAAAAUGGAAGAAAUAUCUCAAGAACGUCAAUCAGCCUUUGCCAGCGAUGAAUUUAGUGAUAGUGCAUCUGAAUAUUACUCAGAAGUUGAUGAUGGUCCGGAAGUUAUCAGUUUAUCAAGUUGGUUACUAAGAAAACCUAAAAACUUAUCUUAUAACCCCAUACAACUAUGCAAAAAUCCAGACUUUAACACGAGAUUAAAAAGAUUAAGUGCUGGAUUUUUCAGUUCAGAGCGAAAUAGACACCUACUCAAAGAAUGUAAACCACUGACUAUUGAUUUACACAAAUCUUUUGAGGUUAAACUAUGUAAUAAUACUUUGUACUUAAAAGGAACAACAUCAACACAAAAUACAACGGCUGGGCUAGAAAAAAAUAAUGAAGCAAUUCCGAUACAGAGUUUAAUAAAUAAUGUAAUGAAUGAUAUUUUAGGCCCAGCCCCUUCAUCAGCAGAACAGUUAUUAAAUCAUCAACCUGUACCACAUAGUCAGUCGACUGAAAGGAAGAAAGUUAUAACUUUGCCAGAUAAAGAUCAAAUGCGUCUUAUAAACGAAAAAUUGCUUACUGCUGAAGUUACUCCAAUACAAGCAUCAAAUAAAAGACCACCCGUAAAUAUUGUUCCUAGGGAAUACAAUAGACCAGUCCAAUCGAAUACCACCGAUGUCAUUAGUAAAGCAACAGAUUUUAGAAAAAAAUUAUCUACAGUAAUUUGUGAUGACAGUUAUAGCACAAGUAUUUCUAACCAAAUUAAUUUAACUACGGAUUCCGUCAUUGAGCUUACACAAUACAGUAAAUUAAAUAUUAUAUCUACUGGCACGGUUAAUAAAAAUAGCGAUCCGGCUAAUUUAAAUCAGUCGUAUAACAUAAAUAAUAAUACCAAAAUCAUAAACACAAACAAAUCUUUGAACUCGUUAAAAACUGGUUAUAAGGCUUUAAAAAGAAAUCUACUUAAUGAACAGCAAAAAACUGGGAAAAAACGAGUUGUCGUAAAUCAUGUUGAACUAUCGUGGAAUCCAAAACGCCAAAAAUGUAUGAUUCCGGAAGAUAGACUUUUAACAUGUGAUACUGUUGACAAAAUAUUAAAUAUCUGUAAAGGAGAAGUUGAACCGAGUCUAACACCUUCGAAGUCACAAAAAAAAAUCAAUAAGGCACUAACAAGGAAAGCCUUAAGAGAAAAGACGAAGGAAGAAAGAAAUUUUAAAGAUGUUGCACUAGCCAAAAAAGUACGUGAAAUAAACAAUGAUGUAUCUUUGAUUCCUAAUAAUAAUGAAGUACCAUUUGUAAGCGAACCAGUGCCUUCUGAUAACCUAUCUACACAUGCAAGUUUCGACAAUUUAGAAAAACCGUCCGAAAAUGUAAGAAUUAAAACUACAGUGAAAAUGGGAAAAAGACAAAUAUAUUGCUGUUGGGCUCGAGAAAAAAUAGUAAAACUAAGCGAAUCUAAGAAAUGCCUAAAAAAACACAACUGUCCGCGACCUUUGUGUAAUUGCUGUUGUAGGAUAGAGCUUGUUGAAAAAAUGACAGAAAUUAGAGAAGGAAAUAACAAACCAUAUCAGAAGGAACAAACAAAUCAGACAGUCAAAGAAACAGUCACACAACCAUUAAUAGUUACUGUAUCAAGUGCACAAAAUUGUAAUAUGAUGCAAAAUCCUACACUGACAACGCGCAAGGUCUCAGUCGGCGUUAACACUGAUUAUGACAUGGACUUCGAAACAAGUUUUGCGGCUAACCUAGCAAAAUAUAAGUCAGACAGCACGGUUAGCAACGAUAACUAUUCAGCUUCAAGUAUAAAAAUAUCAUAUCCAAAUUACAUUAAUCAAUCUCAUGGUCAGACUCAGACUUUAGUAAAUUUAAUGGUUUUGGAGAAAACCGCUAAUGAAAGUAAUCGUUCCUAUAAUGACUAUUUAAAAGAUAAAAAUGUACCAGUGUUCAUAAAAAAAAAUAAUUUAUCUCUUUCCUUAAACGAAAAUAACUUAAUUAAUCCUAAAAAGAACACAAUGGUUUUAGAUAUAAACAAACCAGUUUUUUCAAUAACUCAUAGUAAUUCAAGUAAUGUUAUUAAAAAUAAAAAUAUAUUGAUAAAAAAUAAGGCGAAAAUAAUCCAUGAUAAAAAUAAUCCUCCGCCUCUUGAAUUUCAUAAAACACCAUAUCUCGCUAAUCUUACGUCUGUUAGAUCUGACUUGUUAGCAGAAAAUUCAGAUACAUCAAAUAUCAAAAAAUCAGAUAAAGUUUUGUUUUUAACAAACGAUAAGAUGAAAAACACUUUUUCUCGUAUGCCUAUAUGCUUAGGUAAAAAUAAAAUUUUACUGUGUUCGUUUGCAAGCGUUGAUUCAAAAAAUCAGUCUAAUAUUGGAAAUAUAAGUAACAAUACCAAUAAUAAUCCUAUCAGUGAUGACGUGGCCCCUUUAGUAGCUUUGCCUGAUGGUGUGAGAAUUAUUCUAUUACCUAACAAAGAGUUAGCUGUUUCUAUUGACCCUGGGAUUGAGUUAGAUUCUAAACAACUAGCUUAUUUACCAGCACUUAUGAGUUCCAUCCAAAAACAACUUGCAGAAACUAAUGUUAUAAACAAUGUUAUAAAAUCAAAUCUAGAUCCGUUAAAGAAUACAGAUGAUUCAAAAGAUCAAGAUGUUACCAUUGUAAAUAGCUGUAAUGACAUGAAAUUAGAUGAUAAGAAACAAGCUGACGAUGAAAAUAUAAAUAGCCCAGUUACAUUAACUUGUAAUGAACAAGUAGUGUAUAGCACAGAUAACAGUACUGAAAUCGAUUGUAUAAAAAACAAUAAAGAUGAUUGUGAUAAUAAAGAUAAAGAUGGCCGCGCUCUUGAUAAUAGUAACGUUAUUGAUUUGAUAGAUAAUUCUGAUGUAAACAAGAAAACCAUAUUGUCAGAUUUAAUGGAAAUGUCUGGUAUAUCGGCAGAAGAUGCUAAUGUUACACAAAGUCCUCCAAAACGAAAGUCAGAGUCCUCUCCAUCGCCCAUAUCAGAAAAACUACAAUCAAUGGUUUUUAAUCACAAUAGAAAAAAUUUAAAUAUGAAUAAUCCUUUAUACGAAAACCCGGUUGUGCAAAUGGCAUUAAGUAGAUGUCCAGAAUUGUGCAUCAUUUUCUCUUAUCAGGAACUCAGGUAUGCUUCAGAAAAUAACGCCCAGUUUUAUAAAAUGGAUAUCGAAACAGGCGUAAUAGUUCCUAUAGAAGUUGUAAUAAAAAAACAAACGCCAGGACAUGUUUCAAAACAACAUGGGGUUUCCUCAAAAACUGUUAUAGAUCUGACAGAUGACCCUGGAGAAGACGAAAUAAUGAACAUAGAAGAACAGAAUGCCGCACAAAACGAUCAAGCCGUACCAGUUAAGUUAUAUUCAUCACUCAAGCCCAAUAUAUUACGACGUCAAAGUUUACUAUUGAAUUCCGUUUCAUCUGCGGUUAAUACUGCGGAACCGAAAAAGAAGAAAAUGAUUCGAGUAAUUAAACUUAAAUAUAAAAGAAAACAACCACUGACCUGUGUAGAAAGUAUAAACUUAGAUUCAGAUGAUGACGAACCAAAAGAAGACGCAUCAGUUGAUACAAGUUCAGAAGCAAUACCAGAAAAGACAAAAUCUGAUGAUGAUUCCGAGUCUGACGAUGAACCAUUGGCGUUUAAGGCGAAACGGAUCAAACACUCUUUAGUACCCAAUCAUUCUGAGGAGCCUAAUGAAUCAUUGAACCGAAUUACUGAAAAUGAAGACCAAAAAGGGGUUGUUGAUACUCAGAAUGUAGAAAACGUUACUGGCGAGGUUAAAGAGGUACCAGAAUGUGCUACAAUCGACGCCAAUUUUGAAAAUCUAAACGAUGAUUGUGUCAAUUCGACGCCCCUGUUAGAACCUGUAGAACUCGGGCCUUUAACAUUCGACGAUAACGUUCACGAGUCUUCAGAAGAAGAUUGUAUACUAGGUGUUUAAUGGAAUUUAAAUCAUAAUAGUACAUUAUGAUAUAAGUGCGGUAAGUUGAAUAUUACAGCCUAGGUGAUAUUGCCAAACUCGAGCCGAAUGCGAGAGCUUUAAGGAAGAAGAGGCUGUAAUUAUUUGUCAAACUUCACGUAUGUCAUACGAAGUUUUAUAACACAUUUACGAGAAAACAGAGAGAGAGAAAAAAAACACACUUUGAACACACUUUCUGAAAAUGAAUUUGCAUCUUUGUUUUUGCCUGUUUUCCAUGAGAUGCAUAUGAUGACAUUUUGACACGCUGUCAUUUUUACACAGAUUUCGCUAUCUGUGAGCAGCAUCGUUUUUUUUAGGCAAAUGCAACAAAAACACUCAGUAUUACUAAUAAAGUAAAUUAAUAUUUUUGUGUUUCUGUUACAGAUAAAUGUUGUAAUUUAUUGUCAAAAUUAUUAAAAUGAAAAAAUUACUUGACUAUUUAUUAUAUUUUUAUCUCACAAAGUUAAUUUUAUUCCUAAAAUGUUGAGCACUUUUCUGACAUAAAAACGUUUUGCUGAGGUUUAAAAAAGUACCGUUCGUUUUUAUACAGGGUGUGGCGUAAAUAAUGGAUAACCCUGUACCUGCCGAAGAGCCUCCAAAUGGGCUAUUCGAAUAUAGAUUUUUUUUUAUUUAUUGAAGUUUCGUUUUGAGAAAAAUGGCUUAAGUCAUGUUUUUAUAAAAAUGGGUACUUUCACUUACUAAUUUUGCUACAGUAAUCUCAAAUUUUGGAAUUUUCUUUUUCUGUUUUUUUUAUAAUAUAGCUUAAGAGUUGUGCUACUGUUAUUGAUAAGGAAUUUCUAAUUCGUUACUCUAGUUUUGGCAAAAAUUAACAUGAAAGUUCAAAAAAGCCUUAUUGAUUAUUCAGUUUGUUAAUUUUGUACAUCAUAUGGUUUAAAAAAUCUCUAUUAGAACUGAUUUGCCCAUUAUCUUAAAAACAUGCUUGCUUAAUGCAGAUUCCGAAACGGUAUAAUACUUAUUACAUAUCGCGAUAUUUACGAAAAAAAUUGGCAAUAGUCAAGAACAUGUCCUUGUUUUAUUUUUAUUAAGUAAAUUAUUAAGCUAUCACAAACAAAUUAUCUAUUGCAAUUUAAGUUGACUAGGUUUACCAGUGGGUGUGUGGGUUGUUUUAAAAAAUAAAUAAAAAACAUAAAACGAUUUUUUUUUAUUGAAAAAGCUAAAACACAAAAGUUUACAUUUUAAACUAAAUGUUCAAAAUGGCCGCCAUUUGCGGCAAUGCAGGCCCUGCAACGACGGAUGAAUGACCUUUUCAGGCGUCGUACAAAGCCAGAUCUCUUUAUUUCGUCAGCAGCUUGAAAAAUCCGGACCUUUAAUUGUUCCAGGGAUGUUAUCUCCGUCUUGUAGACCUUUUCUUUUAAACAUCCCCAGUAAAAAAAGUCGAGAGGAUUCAGAUCAGGAGAUCUUGGCGGCCACAAAAUGGGUCCUAAACGACCAAUCCAUCUCUCAUUGUAUUCAUCAUUCAGGUGAUCCCGGACAAUGCGUGCGUAGUGAGCAGGGCAACCAUCAUUUUGUAACCAGUGGUUAUCUGGCACAUUUAAACUUCUUAAUUGUUGUGGUAAAAUAUUUUGCAGAAAAUUUAAAUAAAUGGGACCCGUUAGUGUCUCCGGUAGUUCAAUGGGCCCAACUAUUUGACCGUUUAAAAUUCCCGUCCAAAGAUUUACUUUAAAUUGGACUUGAGCACGAUCUUGUCUACAUUGUCUGGGGUUCACUGCCUGCCAACUAUGGAGGUUGUGCAAAAUUGAGGUAGCCAUUUCGUCUACAACUUGAUUCAUCGCUCCACAAUAUUUUGUUAAAGAAAUCUGUAUCAACUCUUAUUUUUCGUAACAUUAUUCGGCAGAAAUGCACUCUCGGCGCAUAAUCCCUUGUCAUAAGAGUCUGCACUCUCUGAAAAUGCAAUAGAUAAAACCUAGUCAACUUAAAUUGCAAUAGAUAAUUUGUUUGUGAUAGCUUAAUAAUUUACUUAAUAAAAAUAAAACAAGGACAUGUUCUUGACUAUUGCCAAUUUUUUUCGUAAAUAUCGCGAUAUGUAAUAAGUAUUAUACCGUUUCGGAAUCUGCAUUAAGCAAGCAUGUUUUUAAGAUAAUGGGCAAAUCAGUUCUAAUAGAGAUUUUUUAAACCAUAUGAUGUACAAAAUUAACAAACUGAAUAAUCAAUAAGGCUUUUUUGAACUUUCAUGUUAAUUUUUGCCAAAACUAGAGUAACGAAUUAGAAAUUCCUUAUCAAUAACAGUAGCACAACUCUUAAGCUAUAUUAUAAAAAAAACAGAAAAAGAAAAUUCCAAAAUUUGAGAUUACUGUAGCAAAAUUAGUAAGUGAAAGUACCCAUUUUUAUAAAAACAUGACUUAAGCCAUUUUUCUCAAAACGAAACUUCAAUAAAUAAAAAAAAAUCUAUAUUCGAAUAGCCCAUUUGGAGGCUCUUCGGCAGGUACAGGGUUAUCCAUUAUUUACGCCACACCCUGUAUAGAUGUUUAAAGGUUUAUACUACAUUACAGCACAUGUGCGUAAUGCGAUACAUUACGAUAUUGAUAUUGCAAGGACAUGUACUUGACUAUUGCCAAUUUUUUUCGUAAAUAUCGCGAUAUGUAAUAAGUAUUAUACCGUUUCGGAAUCUGCAUUAAGCAAGCAUGUUUUUAAGAUAAUGGGCAAAUCAGUUCUAAUAGAGAUUUUUUAAACCAUAUGAUGUACAAAAUUAACAAACUGAAUAAUCAAUAAGGCUUUUUUGAACUUUCAUGUUAAUUUUUGCCAAAACUAGAGUAACGAAUUAGAAAUUCCUUAUCAAUAACAGUAGCACAACUCUUAAGCUAUAUUAUAAAAAAAACAGAAAAAGAAAAUUCCAAAAUUUGAGAUUACUGUAGCAAAAUUAGUAAGUGAAAGUACCCAUUUUUAUAAAAACAUGACUUAAGCCAUUUUUCUCAAAACGAAACUUCAAUAAAUAAAAAAAAAUCUAUAUUCGAAUAGCCCAUUUGGAGGCUCUUCGGCAGGUACAGGGUUAUCCAUUAUUUACGCCACACCCUGUAUAGAUGUUUAAAGGUUUAUACUACAUUACAGCACAUGUGCGUAAUGCGAUACAUUACGAUAUUGAUAUUGGUAAAAUAAGCGAUACUUUGCGAGUGUUAUAAACUAUUAUAAUAUAAUCAUUAUUAUUAUUAAUACCUUCAAUUUAAAAGUGCAGGUUUCGGACGCUUACUUACAUUAUUGUAAUUACAAAAUUAAUAAUUGUUUCAUUGAAUAUUCAAAUUGUAGGUAUAUACAUACCUAAUAUAUUUAUGAUAAGACUUAACUACUUUUUUUUUAAAGAUAAACUUUAUUUUUACCUUAACGUACGAGUUUCAAUAGAAAUGUAAGUUUUUUAUAGGUGUAUUAGUCUGGUAUACCUAUUGGUACUGUGAUAUUAAAUUAUUGCUAUUAGAUUUAGGUACUGAUUUAGAGUGACCUUGGGUUCUUUUUGUAUUACAUAAAUAAUUUAUGGGUAAUAAGUAACCUAAGUAUUUUAGAAUUUAAACUAUCGUGAGUGUUAUUCACAUUAAUUUAUUAUGAAACCAAAACUAAUUGGGCAUACUCUGACGUUGUGUGUAUGUUUCAUAAUAAAUUAAUAUUAAGUAACGUAUUUAUAUGUGCGCGAGUCUUUAAUCUUUGUCAGCUGUAUAUAAUGUCCUGACUAGGUAAAUGAAAAAGAAAGGAAAUAAUUUUGUCUACUAGCAUACCUUAGUAAGUACCUACCUAUAGAACGCCAAAAAGUACCUACCUGUGUAGCAGCGGCGAAGAGUUCCUGCAAGCCGAUGCCCGCCGGGUUACCUUUAAAAAUCCAUGCAUAUUCAUUGUUGUAGUGUGUCUAGUUAAAUGAGAAACCAGAGUUUGUAUCACGUUAUAUGAAUUUGCUUUUUCAUUGGGACGGCUUACCUUCAUCUAAAUUCUAUACUUCGCCACUGCUGUGUAGGUACAUGCGUCGACGUUCUUUAGCGGAUAAGUCCUUACCAAGAAAUUAUGUUUAGUAAUAUUUUAGGUAUAGGUAUGUUUUAUUUAAGUACCUACAAAAUAAUGAAA